CGGGUUGUCGGUUCCAUCUGCCAUAUUCCACUGAUUCCAGACACCCCGUUGGAAACCGUGUCUCUUGUAAGGUGUUUCUUUUUCUCUCCAGGGGAUGGUCUUCCAUAUUUAGUGUGGACAUAUUACACACAUAGAUAGAUAGAGCGAGAAAGAGAGAGCGAGAGAGCGAGAGGGAAAAGGUUACGGAUUGUGAAACGAAUCAUCAGGAAGAAAGCCGGGAGAAAAUGACGACGCGCUCGGAGAGGGAGAAGGCUCAGAAACUGAAUGAGCAGCAUCAGGCCAUCCUGUCCAAAAUGCUCCGGGAGGAGGACAACAAAUACUGCGCCGACUGUGAGGCUAAAGGACCUCGAUGGGCUUCCUGGAACCUGGGUGUGUUUAUCUGUAUCAGGUGUGCUGGAAUCCACCGCAACCUGGGAGUGCACAUAUCCCGCGUAAAAUCAGUCAACCUGGACCAAUGGACUCCCGAGCAAAUCCAGAGCGUCCAGAGCAUGGGCAACACCAAGGCCAGACAGCUGUAUGAAGCCCAUCUGCCUGAUAACUUCAGACGGCCACAAACCGACCAAGCUGUAGAGUUCUUCAUCAGGGACAAGUAUGAGAAGAAGAAGUACUACGACAAAAACGCAGUCACCGACCCUUUUAAGUCUUCUGAUGCUGCUUUGCCCUUGGCAUCCUCUCCCUCUUCGCAGGCAUCCGAGAAAAACAAACUGGAGGAGAGAGAGAAGAAGAAGGACGAGAAGAAGAAAGAGAAGGAAACAGUUCAAGGGAACAAGCCCAUAGCCUUUGACAAGAAGAGAGAGGACAUUCAGAUAGACUCCAGAGCCAGCCCUAAGAAGAGUGCUGAGCCUGCCAUCGACCUGCUAGGCCUGGAUGCACCUGCAGUCAACACAACCACCAGAGGGGCAGGAUCUGGAACUACAGCUCCAAUAAGUGAUGAUUUGGACAUUUUUGGGCCGAUGGUGUCCAAUCCUCUGCCAUCAAGCACCAACACAAACCAGGUCACUUCCACUAAAGCAUCUGGGAGCACACCUGCAGGCUCUGGUGUGGGAGCUACCUCAGGCACUGUGGCCACAGCCGGAGCUGCUCCAGUCCCGUCUGAUCUGGACCUGUUCAGUGAGAAUAGCAGCAACAAAGCAGAGGACUCAACCAAGAAACCUCUCUCUAAGGACUCUAUCCUCUCUCUGUAUGGAUCAAGCACUGUCCCACAACAGCCUGCACAAGCUGCUAUGUUCAUUGGUACAUCUCAGAUGCCAUUUCCUGCUCAACCUCAAGCUAACUUCCCAGCCUUCCCUGCUAUGGGCGGGCCCAUGCCACCCACCACCAUGAUGGGUGCAGUUAUGGGCCAGGGCGGGGCUAUGAUGGGCCAGAAUACUGGAAUGAUGGUUGGCAUGACUAUGCCCAACGGCUUUAUGGGAAACGCCCCAGCGGGAGUAAUGGGAGUGGCACCUGGCAUGAUGGGAGCACAGGCUGGAGCAAUGCCUGGCCAGCAGACCCAGUGGAGCAUGGGACAGAUGAACCAGCAGAUGUCUGGGCUGAACCUGAACGGUGCCCCCAUGGCUUUCGGGCAGCCCGGGACCGCUAUGGGUGGCUGGGUGGGACCGCCUUCUGGUCAGACCCUGAGUACCCAGCUCUGGAAGUGAGUGGGCACGGGAGGGUGGAGGACAAUAAAGGGUGCAGCAUCCCUCCAACCCUCCAUCUCCACUCCCUUGACCAACCACCAGAGCACACAGAGUUUUAUCCACGUACUGCUCUCUAUUCCCCCCCUCCCACUCUUCUUUCCAACCAUAACUCUUUUACUGGAGAUUGUCAGUUCAACCUUGUCCCUGUGAGUCAACUGAGUGAUCGAGAGUGUGAAGAGUUGAAGAGACUGGCAGCUUUGUCCGUCUUAUUUGCAGUUUUCUUUUUCUUCUUCUUCUUCUUCUAUAUAUUUUUGGGGUUGAAAAAAAAAAUAACAUAUCAGCGAAUAAAGCUGCUGGACCAAUAUACAAGCGUCUAAUAUAUCAUUACCAAAUCGAUAGUGAGUAAUAGUAUUUAAAUGGCAGAGAUAUGGCUAUCAUGUUUGUGACCGCCGCCACCUAAUAACCCUCCCCCACUCCACCACACCCCUUUACCCUGACCAUUGUAUAUGCCCCAUAUCCUAAAGCCCUGUAGCAGCUAUUGUAUGAUCCAAUGUUACCGUAUGUAAGCAUAAGAUAGAGAAGCAGUCAAUCACCCCUCACCUCUCCCUCCCUGUACAAGCCCAUCAGCUCCAUCACCCUAGUCCAUCUUUUACUGUGAUGUUUUAAUGUGUGCAUUACAAAGAAGCACAGUUAGCAACAGGCAAAUAAACCUGGACGACUCGACAGCAGUGUAAAGGCCAAUGGGAGAGAAGGGGACGGGAUAAUUAAUUGAGCUGUAGGGAACAAAAAUAAGAGCGGGAGAUAUCUUCACUAAGGAUUUGUGUGCGAAUAGGAAAUUUUAGCAGAUUUUUAGAAUCGGACAAACGUGCACAUACGAACAUGCUAGCCCCAUGACUCUGGCAGAGUGAAAGUCCACUAAGACCGGGUCCCUCUGCUGUGCAAUAAUGUGAGCAUCCACACUUCGUCAUCCAGGUUUAUUUCAGUAAUGUGUUUACAUUUUUCUGGUGCCUAGUACAGAGGAAAAAAAUGUUAUUUCCAUGCAUUAAACAGUGAGUAGCCAUGAA